AACGCAAGCAAGCCGCCGAGACGCGACGCUUCAAGGAAUAUCCCCGGAUUCUUGUGCAUGGAGCACCUCCAUCUCCGACAUCGUCUUCCACUGGCAGCGUUGAUGCAUCCCACGCCUUGCAAUAAUAUACGUGCACCCUGGAUGGAUUCUGAAGACCCCGCCAUACUCGGAAUAUAGAAGCAAUAUUAUGAUGUGCGGCUAAAAUCUUUAUGAUGUUCCCAGUUUCGUGGAUUCGGCAUCAGGAUACUUUUCUCACCAUGCAAUCUUGGCUAAUUACUUGAAAGCCUUGUUCAUCCCACUACAUCUUGCAAGGCGGCAUGUCUCCCUUCGUUUGAUCCGCCGAAGCACUUGUUCAAUGUCGCACACCGUGGUCAGAGCGUACUUCCGUCAGCCCGAGAGGCCGCGCUCACGAGUCUGCGUCUUCUAUUUUUUUGUCGUAUCUUUGUGUCUCCUUCUUGCACUGAACAUAAUUCUUCUCGUAUUGUUAUGGUCUCGAAAUGCGGAGAUCUCUGGCUCCUUACCAACGCGACAAUACUCUUACAUGGGAGAGGACUAUCCCACCUGGUAUGGUAUCAGUGCCGGUGAAGUGGAAAUGACUUUUGAGGAGAGUGUUCAUUAUCCAUUAGAGGGCCAUGUGGCAGAAGUGCAAUGGGACAGUCUCUGGCGAGUGGAUUCGCACAAGGGAUACAUUCGCCUUGGUCCAGACAGGCGUGUCUUCGCAGUUGCUAUGUUCCACGAGCUUCACUGCGUAGGCAGCCUUCGCAGAGCACUGACCAACCCCAGUCACCCUGACUCUGCUUCUCAUCAUGUUCAUCAUUGUUUCAACUAUCUUCGGCAAUUUUUUCUCUGCUCCGCCGAUUCCACCCUCGAACCAUACGACUUCAUGACACGCGACUAUACUGCGGAGCGAGUUGGAAUCACGCGCAAAUGUCGAGACUGGAGUGCCAUCCUUGAAGCAGCGCAGCAAAACUUCAUUGAUUGGAGACCUUGGUUUAUCCGCAACUUAACAAGCACUUUGCAAGGGAACUCAGGGGAGCUCAGAAUAGCUGCUCGUUGAUUGGUGAAUGGCAUAUAACGUACAUUGUUAGAAUUAUGUUGGACCAGAGUAGUACUUCGUAAGGUAAACUUCUUCGAGCUGAUUGAGGUAGCCGGCGCAUUUGGAACGGUGCUAACGUUCCAGGUAGGUCAGGUUAUCGUGAAGUUGAUUUGUAAUCACGUAGGACCAAGUGUACCUAUAGAACAAGUGAAAGAGAUAUUCCUACCAAUCCACAAGACAAUAAGUAUGAGAAUAGUAA